AUAUAAUAUUUGUUUACAUUAGCAUGAGAUGUGUAAACAUAUUAUAUCUGCCUAUACAUGAUAGGAUAACGAUGAACAGUUGGCCAUCAGGGCACAACUCCAACACCCUCCUCGUCAUGGCGAUUCUUGAUGAGUACAACAUCAAGACCGACGUUGGGCCAAAGCAAAAGGGGACAAAGUAUUGGGAGAUUGAUGAAUCCUCCUUCAACUCGGGCACCGACGAAACUCCGUUCCGACAGCCUCGUCCACGACGCCAACCAAGGGAUGCUUCUUCAAACACCCCAUCUCUAGCCGAGCAAAUGGCCGCCUUGACCCUCACCCUUUCUCGGAUCCACACCAACGUCUCCCAAACGGCCCAAAAUGUCAACAUUUUGAGCCGUGAGCUUCACGGGUAUUUUGACUUUGUCAACUACCCUUACGCUCCUCCGCUAAACUUCGGGGGUGAACCAAGCGGGACAAAUGACGUUGGAGUUGAAGAUGGUGAAGAAGAAGAGGAAGAAGAAGAAGAAGAAGAAGAAGAAGAAGAGGAAGAGGAAGACAUUGACAAAGACCAACUCCUCGAUGAUCUCUCCUUUAUGCCAGCUGAAAAUCAAUUGUCAGCUAAUGACAUUCGAAUAUUGGCUACUGCAGUUUCUGAACUCAAAGUUCAGAACCAUCCAAUAGUCGACUGACACAAGUUGUCAUUCGAUUAUCUGAGUUUCUUGUUCAAACCUAGAAACUUCUGAGAUGCCUAAUAGUCGAGUGACAAAACUUGACAAUCGACAAUCAGUGUUACUGUUGCCCUCCAACAGAUAGAAUUUUAAAUUUUUGGACACGAAAUCUUUUGAUACUGUAACACCCGCCUUCCGUGGACCCGGUUCACCCGCGACCCGACAGACCGGCAGGGUUACAAGGACCGUCCGUUACAAAAACAUUGAUGAUUAUUUAAUAAGAAAACAGGUGUGUUUUG